AAAAAUUAAAGCGAGUUGGCGCGCUUUGUUCAUACAAACAAAGAUCAGAUACCUAUAUAAAUAGUAAAGAAGAUGAUUACCAAAAUAAUAAUAAUAAUAAUAACAACAAUAAUUUCUUUUAAUAAACUCAAAUGACUCAACAACGUGUUUAUGUUCUCGGCGGUACUGGUAAUGUUGGUACCAAAGCCGUUCAGGACCUUGUUUCUCAUGGCGUGUCUGUCACUCUCUUUGCUCGUGAUCCAGCAAAGGUCAAGUCCAUGUUUGCCUCUCAUGCUCAUCUAGUCAACGUUGUUCAAGGCGAUUAUCAAGACUUAACACCCAUCAAGGAAACCAUCCGUGGCCAUGAUCGUCUCUUGCUUAGUAUCUUUGACAAUGAUCGUCCUGCAGAGAUCAAAGGCACCAUUGCUAAAUACGCUUACGACGCCGGCGUCAAGCAAAUUGUCAAUAUUUCUACACUUCAUAUCAGCUUUGGUUAUCGUAACGGUUUUAUUCCUGCCGGUCAAUUAGAUGCUGAAAAUGCCAUGAUGGCUAUUCCAGGCCGUGGUCGUCUUGUCUCAUUGCGUCCUGGUCACUUUAUGUCAAAUUUGUUCAUGUCGCAUAUAAGUGCACAAGGUGCUCUCUAUGAAGACAGUGAACCUGAAGAACUUCUUGGUAUGAUCUCUCCGAAUGAUAUUGGUGCUGUAGCUGCGGUGGUAUUACAAGAAGAUGUGGAGAAGCACAAGGACAGCGUCUAUAAUAUGAUAGGUGAUAUUGUGACUCCAAAUGAGAUGGCUGCCACCUUGUCUCGUAUCCUUGGACGUGAAAUUCCUUUUAGAAAAAUUUCUCCUGUUGAAAAAUACCAUAUGUUGAUCAAAGUGGGUGUACCUCAUACUGUUGCUGUCGAUAUUGUGGAUAAUUUUAAGCUUGGUAUCAAGCCAAGUAUCAAUCCCAUCAUUGAAAUUCUACUAGGCAGAAAACCUCAAACUUUAGAAGAAUACCUUUCUAUCAACAAGGACCGUAUUUAGAUCACAAUC